AUCGCCAGUCGGAGCUCUCGGAGCUCUCUGUGUUUUCUAACCGGGGUAAAACGCGAACUGCCCCCGCUGACAGUCACUCCGACCCCGGGCAACACAAACUCCGAAAGCAAGGCUGCAGCAGAGGGCCUGGAGGGCAGACUGUCCCUGGCUAUCAUGGAUGACCGCUCGUCUCUGGGCAAAGUGAGCGGCUCCACUGAAUCCGUGUCCACAGUCACCAGUGAGGAGUUUGUGCUGGUGCAGCCCGGAGCCGAAGGCUCUCCAUCCAGCUCAGAAGGCCGGCCAAGACUCAAGAUGUCCUGGAACGGAAGUGAGCAGCUGGAGAGGGCAAUGGAGGAGGUGCUGGAGGAUGAGCUGGGGAGAGAAGAAAGGAGAGGGACGCCAGAGGAGUCUAGAGAGAGCUCACAAGAUUCAGGAGCACCCAGGCUGCAGAAAAGGCCUCCUAGCCUGGUGCUGAAUACAACACCUAAUGAAGCCACAGUGGGGACAGUGGGCAGUCCAGUCAUUCCAGAGGAGGACAGUGUGCAGUUCAGUAAACUAUCUUACCUGGGCUGCACCUGGGUGAAGUUCCCACGUAGUGAGCCUGAGGCCCAGAAGGCCAUGGCUACACUGCGGGCUGAAAGUCCUGGCCCCAUCCCCGUCACUCUCCAUGUACCAAACGGCCCAGACGGCUGUGUCAGGAUUGUUGAUCAGGCCUCUGGCACAGAGAUCGCCUCCUUCCCCAUCUAUAAAGUGCUGUUCUGUGCCCGAGGGAAGGAGGGUUCAUUGGAAAGUGACUGCUUCUCCUUCACUGAAAGCUACCGCAGCUCAGAGGACUUCCAGAUUCACGUCUUCUCCUGUCAUAUCAAAGAGGCUGUGAGCCGAAUUCUUUAUAGCUUCUCGACGGCCUUUAAGCGUUCGUCCAAAGCUGCUACAGAUGGCCGUGAGUUGUCCUUGCCUCAGUCACCUGACAGCGACAUCUUCACUUUCACCGUAUCCCUGGAGGUGCGGGAGGACGACGGCAAAGGCAACUUCAGCCCCGUUCCUAAAGAUAGAGACAAAUACUACUUCAAGUUGCGGCAAGGUGUGCAGAAGAAAGUGGUGGUUACAGUGCAGCAGAUCUCAAACAAGGAACUGGGUAUAGAGAGAUGUUUUGGCAUGUUGCUCAGUCCUGGGCAGAAGGUUCGGAACAGUGACAUGCACCUAUUAGACAUGGAGUCCAUGGGGAAGAGUGCCGAUGGGAAGGCCUACGUGAUCACUGGAACGUGGAAUCCUAACACACCUGCUUUUCAAGCACUCAAUGAGGACACGCCAAAAGACAAGCAGGUGUAUCUUACAGUGGCUGUGGACCUGGUGGUAACUGAGGUGGUAGAGCCGGUUCGGUUCCUGCUGGAGGCGCUGGCCAGAGUGUAUCCAGCCAAUGAGAGGUUCUGGUACUUCAGCAGAAAGACUUUCUCUGAGACAUUCCACCUCCAGCUCAAACAGGGCAUUGAGAAGGGCAGCCAGGGAGAUGCCAUGUUUGAGGUGGUGAGCCUCCAGAGGCACUCGGAGCGGGUGGGAGGAGGGCGAGGCCGCCUGCAGUCCCCCACUGAGGAAGAGGAGCAGGAGGAAGAUAGUGACAGUGAAAUAUCCAGUGGUACCGGUGAUGUGUCCAAAGACUGCCCUGAGAAGAUUCUGGAGUCUUGGGGUGGAAUCCUCAACAGAUGGCACGGGAACCUGUCUGCUCGGCCUAAGGGGCUGUCUGCGCUGGUGAGGCCCGGAAUCCCCGAGGCACUUCGGGCUGAAGUCUGGCAGCUCCUAUCUGGCUGCCAGGACGACCAGGCCCUGCUGGAACGCUACCGCAUUCUCAUCACUAAGGACUCGGCUCAGGAGAGCGUCAUCACCAGAGAUAUCCAUCGCACCUUCCCUGCUCAUGACUACUUUAAGGAUUCGGACGGUGAUGGUCAAGACUCCCUUUACAAGAUCUGCAAGGCUUAUUCUGUAUAUGAUGAGGAGAUUGGAUAUUGCCAAGGCCAGUCGUUCCUGGCUGCUGUAUUACUGUUGCAUAUGCCAGAGGAGCAGGCCUUCUGCGUGUUAGUGAAGAUCAUGUAUGAGUACGGACUCAGGGACCUUUACAAGAACAACUUUGAGGAUCUGCACUGCAAGUUCUACCAGUUGGAGCGCCUGAUACAGGAGCAGCUGCCAGAGUUGUGGUCUCACUUCCAGGAUCUGAACCUGGAGGCCCACAUGUACGCUUCGCAGUGGUUCCUCACGCUCUUCACAGCCAAGUUCCCCCUCUGCAUGGUCUUCCACAUCACUGACCUGCUGCUCAGUGAGGGCUUGAACAUCAUCUUCAAUGUGGCGCUGGCUCUACUGAAGACAUCCAAGGAGGACCUGCUCCAGGCUGACUUUGAGGGCGCGCUGAAGUUUUUCCGGGUUCAGCUCCCCAAACGCUACAGGUCGGCGGAAAACGCUCGCAGACUCAUGGAGCAGGCCUGCAACAUCAAGGUGCCGACUAAGAAGCUGAAGAAGUUUGAGAAGGAGUACCAAACGCUUAGAGAGAGCCAGCUACAGCAGGAGGAUCCCAUAGACAGAUAUCAGUUCAAGACUGUGUAGAGAUCUGCGGUGAACACAGCAGGCUGCACAUGGCGUGCUCUCAAAGGAGAGAGAGAGAGAGUGAGAGAGAGACUCGUACUCAAGGUCUUAAUGUUUUUGUGUUGUAAGGACACAGUGGACCAAUUUGCCUUUUGGUGUGUAAGCCAUCAGUGGGCUGUCAAGGCUUUUGCUUAUUUUAUUUAAUUGUUAAAGUGAUUUAUUUUUACUAGAGGGCUUGUGAAAUUACACUGACAGCUUUUGUUUUAUUUAAUUAAUUUUGGUUAUUUUAACUAACGUUUUGAUUUGUUUUUCCUGAAGGAAUGCUGAUGUUUUUUCAAAAAAUAAGCUAAAAGAAAGAAAUAUUUCCAAGAGCAGCUGACUGAAUUCGUUCUGAGAUAUGUUUACAUUUGUGUUACUACUAUGAACUGAAUUAGCCAAUUUUUGUAAAAUAGUUUAGCAAGUCAGUUUUAUGAAUUCCUAAUUUUUAUGUGUUGUGUUAUAUUUGAAUAACAUUGUCUUAGGUUUUGAAAUGUUUUACAGUUUGUUUUUUUUUGACUGCUUUACCUUUUUAAAUUCCAUCAUUUUAUUUGUGUCACAUAAGUGAAUGCUUACAUUACAAGUUUCAUAUUUUCCAUCUGUGAGAAUGUAAUAAAAAUCAGUUUUGUAGGAAAUUCUUUGGCUGUAAUGUAAUCAUAAACCAAGCAGAUCUCUGUAACAAUCAGGCGAGGCUUUUGACUUUGGGACGCAGGCUGAACUUUCCGUGGUUUCCGUGCCACGACUUCCUGUUUACCUCCUGCAACACUCACCCAUUUAACCAAUGAGCUUUGCUCACUUACCCUGAUUUGCCCAAUGGGCACUGCUCACUCACUCUACCUAACCAAUGGUACGUUAGAGGGCGGCAUGUGGGCGGAGAGGAAACCGUGGUGUUUUCUGCAGGAUGAGGUGUGUUCUCUAGUGCUAGUGGCUAUAGUGUGGUCACACUGAUAGUCUACAGCGGUAGAAGGUAAGCCCUAAGUCCAGCUGUUGUCUCUGGCUACUAACAACGCUGCUUCUCUGCUCGCAUCUGUUCUGUAAUCUCGCUCACACGGCGGCUUCGAUGCUCUCACAGUUUCUGCUACAUCCAUGUGACAGUAACCAGCAGCUGCUGUAUAGGAAAGUAAUUUAGCUUAAGGAGCAGGAUGGAAAUGGGAAUCAGAUGACCGUUUUUCCUCUUCCUGAUUAGAAGAAGGUCCAGCAGUGUGUGUAUCAUGUGAGGGCACUUAGUGGGGAGGGUGGAGAACCUCGUCCUGUCCCACAAAGCCUCCUCUUUUCGGUCACAUAGUGGAGAUACUGAAACAAAGGGAGGGCCAGCUCAGAGGAGGAGCUGAAGUAUGGUUUGACGAUAUGGCCAAAAUCUAAUAUGACAGUACUUGAAGGCAUUUUGACAAUAUAUAUCACAAUGUUUAGUGUUUCUUUGGAAUGGAGCAAAUGCACCAGCAAAACAGCAAUACUUUUUUUGGGGGGGGAAAAUAUAUCUCUAUAAGGCUGGAUCAAAGUGGCUAUUUCUACCAUUUUAUUCAAUCUUGUCUUUAAUAAUGGGAUUUCUUGGGGCUGUUGCAUUUAUUUUGAUAGAGAAUCUGAUCUAAUAUGACUGAAAAUUUUGUGGGUUUUUUUUUUCAGUUUUUGAACAAGAAAAUGCACGAAUAGGAACACGAGUCACACAUCUGUCAUGCUAUAUUGUUACUCUGGUUAAUUCAACAAUAAAGAAAGACUGGUGCAUCUUUUAUACAGUGAUAGGACACAGCACCACACAGAAAGGUCUGGUUUUACAUGCUAAAAUGAUUUUAAAAUAAUCUUUUUAUGAUUCACACUAUUGCUCAGUGUCCUAAAAGUACUGAUGAUACAGUUGUAUGAAAAAGGUUGGACGCCCUGGUCAUUUUUUGUUAUCUGUUGAUUUUAUUUUGUAAAUUUUCCAAGUGAAAAUAAGUUCACACAUCUUCUACAGAGAACACACUUCUGAGGGGGUGAAUAAAGUGCAAAAUGUGGCCUGUGGAAAAGUUAUGGCGUAUCUUAUGUUUAAUUUUUCCAGAACUCAGCAUAUAACUACAAACUCUGCAUAAAUAGAAAAUUUGCUGAAAAAUGCCAUAUUUAAGUUUGUACCCUGUAGAGGAUGUUAACUUAUUUUCAAACAGAAAAUCAACAGAACAUGUAAUUUGACCCAGGUGUUCAAUCUUUUGCAUACGACUGUACCUGAUACACUCAGAAAAACAUAAUUUUUCACUUUAGUGACAAAAUAUUAUCAUAUUUCAUGCCCCUAAGAUAAACACAGCCUCAGUUACUCAAGUCCAAAUACUUAUUUUAAGCUCUCAAUACUGUCCUUUCCAUAACAAAGCCCUAGAUUUAUCCAACAUCUCAAAGUAUGAGUGCUAACCACUGUUUCCUGUCUAUACUGUAAUAUUCAAACUGAUCCUACUUCAGCACUACACGCUGCUUUCAGUCUUGUCUGCUGCUGCUUGCGUUGGCAUUAUUGCACUUCCUUCAGUUCUCUGUAUCGUAUGGUGUACAGCAUUCAUAAAUCUAUUUACUUUGUAGUGCGAUAUUGGAAACUGAAGUGAGGUAGAAAAGCUAAUAGCUGUGUGAUGCAUCUACAAUGGGAGCUUUUAGUUUUCUCAGUGUUGUUCAGUUAUGACAUGUUGACGAUCAGAGUGGCUCAUACAGUUAGCAGUCUAGUCUUAUGUGUUCUGUAGUUUGUUUUUCUGACAAUAUAGCUGACAGACAGCAGUAAAUCAGUUAAAUCUGCACUUACCAAGACAUGUAUAUUUAUUUAGUUAUUGCCUGGUUUGCUGCUUUUGCAAAGCCAGUUCAGCAGCUUUGUGCAGCCAGUACUUCUGGUCAUUCUUCAGCUAUUUAAACCUGCUGGUUGACGUUCAAGCCUAUUCUAGUGAUCAAACACUGAAGCCAGAGAAAGUGUUUGCAAAUGACAAACGAGUUGGUAUUGCCCGGCAUCUCAGCGAGGGCCCGACAGCCCAUGCCAUAGAUUUCAAUGAAAAAAUACAAGAAAAAACUUGUGUUUCAUUUAUGCAGUGAAGUAAAAUUAUUAUGAAUAUAUUAUGAAUUUUUAAAAGUUGCCACAUCAGGUUCUAAAUCACAUCUUAAAGGUUGAGUUACUCUGCCAGAAUGACUAAUAACAUAAGCUGAUGUUUUAACCAGAUAUAAAUACUAAGAAGGCUAAGAACAAUUUUUCAUAUUAAUUAACAUAUUAAUAAAUUCCCACAUCUUAUUUUUUGUGUACUUUUUAUGUGAAAUCAUUGUUUAUUUUGCAAGAUUUCGUUUUAUGUAUGUGUUCUACAUUUUUAUCAGUUCUGUGAAGGAUUCAUUAAUCCAUGCAGUAUUUAAGCUAUGCAGUUCAGUUCCAAAUGACUUAGUUUCAAAUAAAAAUAUCCAUUUUUUAAAAAUCAUUAAAUUCAUUUA